AUCCCGGGGACGAAUGCAACUGAUCUACGGCGGACAGCCAUUCAUCUUCGAGAAGACCCUGAAACUGUCUUCGGGGGAGGAGAAGCGCUUCUGGCGCUGCAAUCAAUGGUGGAACCAAAAGUGUCGCUCCCGCGUCUUCACCAUCAACGACGUUGUCUGUCCGCUUAACCGAUUCCACACGCACGAGGAGAUCGUGCGGCGAAAGAAGCGAGUGCGCCGCGUGCCGCCGGUGGAGACGAUUGCCAAGGUGGUUGCCACAACACCCAGGCAUCCGCAGCAUCAACAGCUAACCCAGCAGCAACAAGAAAUUCAGCUGACCAGCGAUGCAAUUGCUGGAGCAAUACUGGACGACGAAUCCCCAGCUACAAUCGAUGUCAGCGAGCUGGGGAUGCACCUGAAAUACGAAGAAAUCGUAGCGGAUGUCACGGGCGCCACGCGAGUGGUCAGCCGUCGGAAGUGAAGAUUGCUUUUUAUUUUCUGACGAAAGAUCGCAGAUUCAGAUUCCUUCUUUAUCAAAACUCAUGCUUUGAGUUUUCAUUUUUGAACUUGCCACGUCGAAAACCAAAAGCCGAACAGUUUUGAUGAAUUUAAAAAGGCUAAACACAACCACUAGCCAAUAAAUAACAUUUUUAUUAUUAUUUAAGAACAUAUUUUUAAAGCUCUUUUUAUUAAGCGUAACGAAACAUAUUCCAAGGUUUCCUUCCCCAUUUGUAUAAUUUGAUAAAUACGUCAUGAUUUCCUUUGAUAUUUUGGAGUUGUUUAGAAUAGAAUCUGUUCCUUCUGUUAUACCUUUGUUCAAACAAAAUUAACUUAGCUUACUCCCAUAAUUAUUAAUACAAAACUGCGAUUUAGAAGGCGGACAAGCUAGCAAUUAUGUUUCAGCUUAUAAACAAUUUAUUAUGUGUACAUUUAAUAAACGUAAGCCCCAAACAGUGCAA